AAAAUCUGAACGUUCAACAACCACAUUAAAUACUUCCGGGUGUCUCGCGACUUCAUGCGGUGCUGUGCAAACUGAUCAGAGUAUGACAUCAAAGUACCGCGAGAGUCAUGCUUUGGAAAUCGCUCUCGCGGUACUCGAUGUCAUACGCCGAUCGAUCUGCGCAGCGCCUCGUGAAAACGAACACGCCUUAUGGCAUGCUUUGUUUUGAGUGAAUAUUUUCUUUUUAACGUCAAGCGAUAUGGACGAGAACGCAUUAACGUGAGCGCAUAUUAUUCUUACAUAUUCACUUCAUUGAUACUUUUUCGCUUUGUUUUAUCCAGCCAGCUGUGAGCGUGCUUGGUCGGUCAUGUCCAGAUGUUGAUAUCAAACAGAUUGAUAAUCCACGGGAUUAAAUGUUCAUAUGAAGUACUGUAUACAGUACUAGCGUCAUCCUGCUCGCUAUGAAACGCUUUCUUUUCUUUCUGGCGUUUUUACUGCUGGCGGAGGGUUCAAGGAGAUUCAUUAGAGAUGUCCUGGACGACGAGUACGACCAGCUCAGCUCAAUGCUGUCAGACUUUGAUGUCCUUCAGCUGUCCGGUCUUGAACAACAUUCAGUUCGCAAGAGAGAUGUCCAGUUGCAUACACACGCAGAGAGGCUUCUAAGUUUUACUGCAUUACAGAGGCAUUUUAAAUUGUACCUGACAACCAACACAGAGCUUUUCACCCAUGACUUUAAUGCUGUGGUUAUAAAGGAGGAUGGCACGGAGGAGACGUUUGAGGUCCAAAGAGAAAACUUCUUCACUGGUCAUGUCAUUGGAGAGGUGAAUUCUCGGGUACAGGCACAUAUCGGUGACAAGGAUUUCUCUGCUCAUAUCCUAACCGAUGAAGCGGAAUAUAACAUCGAGCCUCUAUGGAGGUUUAUUCAAGACCCUCGGGAUGGUCGGCUGCUCAUAUAUCGUUCAGAAGACAUCAGGAACGUGACCCGACUGGCGGCUCCUAAAGUGUGCGGCUACGUCAACGCAAAUGCCAGCGAGGUGAUGCCAGAGAGUGUGCGGGGAGCCAUUACGCUAUAUGAAGAUUAUGAGGAAGAUGUGCACUUGAGAGAGAGAAGACAAACCCUGGACCAUAGCAAAAACACAUGCCCUCUGCUACUCGUGGCAGACUAUCGCUUUUUUAAACACAUGGGCCGUAAGGAAGAGAGCACCACCCUGAACUAUCUGAUUGAGCUGAUUGAUCGUGUGGAUGACAUUUACCGGAAUACAUCAUGGGAUGAGGAAUAUAAAGGUUAUGGAGUUCAGAUUCAGCAGAUUAUAAUUAAUAGAGCACCCACUCGAGUAGAGCCGGGAGAUGCACACUUUAACAUGAAAGGGACGCCUGUGAAGAACAAAGAUGUUUGGGAUGUCAAGAAGCUGCUGGAGCAAUUUAGUAUCGACAUGGCAGACAACGCAUCAAAGGUGUGCUUGGCUCAUCUAUUCACAUACCAGGAUUUUGAUGAAGGCACAUUAGGCCUGGCCUACGUGGCUCCAAUUAGGUCUGGUUUUCCUGGUGGUCUUUGCUCUGAGAAGUGCCCUCCUUCCGGAAAUGAAAACCGGGUUGUAUACCUGAACACUGGACUAACCAGCACCAAAAAUUAUGGAAAAACCAUUCUAACUAAGGAAGCAGACCUGGUCACCACUCAUGAGCUCGGUCACAACUUUGGUGCAGUGCACGACACCGAUGAGUGCGCGCCUGGAGAGGAUCAGGGGGGAAAAUACGUCAUGUACCCCAUCGCUGUGAGCGGCGACCACUACAAUAAUAAAUUGUUUUCAAACUGUAGUAAGAUCGCCAUAGCGAAGAGGCUGAGGUCCAAGGCCUCCACCUGUUUCAGAGAGAGGAACAUUAAUGUGUGCGGAAACUCUCGGGUGGAGGAAGGGGAGGAAUGCGAUCCUGGACUGCUUUACCUCAACAAUGACGCCUGCUGCACCGCAACCUGCAAGCUGCGGCCCACGGCCGUGUGCAGUGACAGAAACAGCGCAUGCUGCAAAAACUGCAAGUUUGAGAAGCGUGGCAAGGUGUGUCAGGAGCCAAUGGAAGCCACGUGCAAGGGCAGAUCUUACUGCACAGGAUUUAGCAGUGAAUGCCCUCCUCCAGAGAACCUCCCUAAUAAGACCGUGUGUGUUGACAGUGGCCAAUGUCUGAAUGGAGAAUGUAUCCCAUUCUGUGAAGCUGUAAUGAACCUGCAGUCAUGCGCUUGCAAUGAGACAAAGAAUUCUUGUAAGGUGUGCUGUAGGGAUAAGAGCACUGUGUGUUCUCCUUAUGUUGAUGAGAAGGGCAACCCGUUGUUUCUUCGCAAAGGCAAACCAUGUACUGUGGGCUUUUGUAAUGAAGAAGGCAAAUGCAUGAAACAAGUUCAGGAUGUUAUUGAGAGAUUGUGGGAUUUCAUUGAGAAGCUUGACAUUAAUACUUUUGGGAAGUUUUUGGCUGAUAACAUUGUCGGCUCAGUUGUGGUCUUCUCACUUCUCUUCUGGAUCCCUCUCAGUAUUCUGGUCCACUGUGUGGAUAAGAAACUUGACCAGCAGUAUGAAUUGAACACAAAGUCACUCUUUUACCCCAGUAACGCCGAGCUGCUGAGCAGUCUGGAUUUAGCCUCAGUGAGGAUCUUCAAGCCACCUACUUCCCCGGGCAUCUCCGCAAUGCCACGGUUUCAUGCAUCCGUCCCUCUGCAGACCAGCACUCCACCUGUCUCCCUCUCCCAGGUGGCACCGGCACCUUCGCUUGGUCCUCCUUCCGCCACAGAUCACCAUCGCAUGGCUACUAUCCAAGAAGAUCCCAGCUACGAUUCCCACCUUGAUGAACAAGCACUGGUAGCGGACUUUCCUACCUCUGGCUCUGCCUCACGCUCGUUUGAUGACCUGACGGAAAACAGGGAAAAUGCAAUGUCCUUCAUGGUGAGGAGAUUUCCACGGACUAACAGUAAGGAGACUGAAUGUUGAGCAAUGGAUUGUAUAAAAUGAUACAGAAAGAAAUGAAUGGGAAAGAGAAAUGUUGUGUAUGAAUGAAGAGUUAGAGUAUAUAAUUGGGAAUGCUCAAAGCUGAGCAGAACAAGCACUGCAUGUAAGCAUUGGGAGUUUAUUAUGUGCUUACAAUUUCAGUAUUGAAAAUUCCCAGCGUGCAGUAUGUUUUAAGAACGCUGGAUUUUUAUAAAGCAACAAAAAACUAGCUAUUUGGUUUGUUAAUCUUGUAUUACACACACACACAAGCACACACAGGAUCUGAAAAGGGUUAUUUACAUGUAAAAGUCCAGCAAUAUUUGUUAAAGGCUUAAAGUCAAAAAUGUCCCUAUUUAUUUUCUUAGUGCUUGGUCUUGUUGUUCGAAUUAAUCCAUGCAUUUAUUUUUUAUGUUAUUGAUUUCUUAAUCAAAUUGUCACAUUGUCCUCUUCCUGUUAUAUGACUGUCUUCUCUCUGCUGACACAUUCAAUGUCACUGUGCAUUUAAGCCAACUGCAUUAAGCUCUGCCUGCAUUCUGCUGUGCAACACAAACUUUUUCCAGUUCUGCCCUUUAUUUUUAGUUUCUCAUUUAAUAGGCAUUCUCACUUUGUAUGGACAAUUCGACAUACAGAAGAUGGUAAACAUUUUCAUUUUAAGCUGACAACCCAGUACUUCGAUGUUUACGGGUCUUUUUUGCUAGAGGGAUUGAGCAGAUACAUGCUCAUAGAUCUUGAAACCUGUUAUAAUUUACACGUAUAUGUUCUGACAUUCACCAGCAAAUGUUUUAUAUCCUCUGUAGACCAUCACUUUGAGCUUUUUAUAUGGUUUGCAAAGACAAUCGCACUUAUUUGGAGAGGCAUUUGAUAUUUUUAGAUUUUAGUAGUUUAGUUUAGCUUAAGCACUUUUGUUUGUACUGUGCUUAAAUGUCAGUGUGUACCUGUUACUUACAUGUUGUACCAGCAGUUAUUGAAAGUAUUGCUGGUGUACAUGAUACAAUUUUAUACUAUUUUGUAAACACCAAAGUCAUUUUUUUAAAGGGACACUCCACAUUUUUAGAAAAUAUGCUAAUUUUCUCAUGUCCCAUAGAGUUAAAGCAACACCAAAGAUUUUUUUACCUUAAAAUAACGUUUCCAAAAAAGUUUCAGUUGUUCAUCCACUCGAAACAGGGUGAACGGCACUUUCACAUUCGCUUUGCAGCCCUCUAUCGGCCAAAACCACACUAAAGAAGUUUCCAAUCGUUGGGUAGCGGUCCUGUAGUUCGAGUGAAAACUACAAAAACUUGCUUUACGACAGACCUACAAUCCAAUCAGAGCCAGCUAUGCUGCAGUAUUUACGACAGUGGUAAUGGACACUUACGCUUCUAACCUGUAGGGGGAGCAAAGAGCAAAAACUCUUUGGUGUUGCUUUAAACAUUUGAUUCUUACCGUUUUGGAAUCCAUUCAGCUGAUUUCCGGGUCUGGCACUUUUAGCAUAGUUUAGCACAAUCCAUUGAAUCUGAUUAGACCAUUAGCAUUGCGCUAAAAAAAUAACCAAACAGUUUCGAUAUUUCUCCUAUUUAAAACUUGACUCUUCUGUAGUUACAUCGUGUUCUAAGACCAACGGAAAAGCCAUGUUACAGCAGGAAAGUUUUAAAUAGGAAAAAUACCGAAACUCUUUGGUUAUUUUUAGCGCAAGGCUCCAGACUGCCACCAAAAUUUGAGAGUGUGCCACUGAAUUUUAUAUCCAGUCGCACAUGUGCGACCAGUAAAUUUGACCUUUUUUGUGAUGUGACACUGAAUUUAAAACAGCACAUUGUACUUUCUCCAUCUAUCAUUAAAGUAUGUAUUAGUAAUACAGUGGAAAUUAGUAGAAAUGUGAAUAUUUGGUUAACAUGUUGAUUUACAGUGUGUGCCCCAACAUUUUCUGAUUGCGCCCCUAAAAUUUUCGUUUGGGGCCAGUGAAAAAAGUUAGUCUAGAGCCCUGUAGCGCAAUGCUAAUGGUCUAAUCAGAUUCAAUGGAUUAUGCUAAGCUAUGCUAAAAGUGGUAGCGCCAGACCCGGAGUACAGCUGAAUGGAUUCCAAAACGGUAAAAAUCAAAUGUUAAACUCUAGGGGAGCUGGAAAAUUAGCAUAUUUUCAAAAAAAGUGAAGUGUCCCUUUAACUUAAGAGACAAUCGAUUUUAUCAAAUCCUUGUGUGCAUUAUGAUGUUUAUGACUGUAUGCAAAAAUUUGUAUUUUACAGCUGCUCCUAAAAGAAUGUGUAGUGAUAUUGAACAUCGUGCUGAAUUGUAACCAAAGUGCCUUCGUUUUUGUUCAAAUUGUCAUUUUUUUCCCCACGUGUUCUGUAAAGUAAUAUUUUACAGUAAGGCUCAAAAAGGGACUAACAGUGUCUAUUGUAUGUGGCCAAAUACUCACCCUUUUUGUAUUGUAUCCAUCUGUGUAACCAUUGGGAAUAUAUGAAGAGUUGAGAUGCAAAAACCGACAUCUACGAGAUAAUGAAAUUGACAGGUGCAGACAGUUUCACUGGCAACAACAUAAACAAAGGUUUUUUGUGGACCGCAUUUAAGUUCCGUUAUACUUUCGCAUAGAAUCAGUAACAACAGAGCGCUUCUAGAGUAGACUAUUUCUGUUAACAAGCCAAAUAAAUAACCAGUAAGAGUUCAUAUCUUAGCUAAAGCAUAUUAGCAUUACACUGAGCUUAUGUUACUGUGCAAAAUAAAUGUUUACAAUGUAGAUCCUUGAAAUCUUGCCUGGCUGCCAAAUCCACACAGUAUGAUCCAUGCUCAUGGUCUCUACUCAUAUUUUGGAACCAAAACAUUUUUAUUUUAAAAAGGAUUUUUUCCUGGAGGUCAGUUUAGCCAGACCGAUAAACAAGCACAGACCAGAAGUUAACUUCGGGCCAGAAGCGCAACCACGGCAAAGGAUGUGCAUCCGAUGAAACAGUCGAUAUUUUUGAAUUUUUAUUUACUCGGUUAAAGGAGGUUUACAGCAUAUUUAAGGAUAUUGACCAAAUAUUUGAGCAUUUUUAAUCUUGAUUCAGAAAACACAGUGAAGAGUGACUGGAGACUUUUUAAAAGUGGACUUAAAGGGUUUUGCAGUGAAAGUCAGUGAAAUUUGUUUAAUAUCAAUGAAUAACUAAA